AAAUGUGCGACGACCUGACGACAGAAAGCUCCUGUAUCUGUAGCGUUCAGGGUAGUUUACAGCUAACCAGAAGCUUUCUCUAUUGCUAAAACAAGGGGCUGCUGGGUAAUGGCCGCUCUCGGGUUUGGAUUCAUUCUGGCCGCCUGUAUCCUGUUGGAUCAUCAGACGCAGGCACGAAACGAGGCUCCCUGCCAGCGGUCCAAAUGGAACAACGGCUACAACACGUUCGUCAAGCGUCACAUCCGCACGGGGCUCCCUACCUCUCUGGAUGUGGACGAGUGGAGGAGCUACAUCAAGAACAACGGCGGCUGUGAUAGACCAACCCAGUCCUUCCUGCACCCAAACGACUUGGACAGGGUGAGGGCCGUGUGCUCUAACAGUGGGGGGAAGACGUUCAAGGACAACCUGUGCAUCAGCCAGGAGCCCUUCUCCUUUGUCACGGUGAGGAGUGAGCAGGGGACCUGCGGAAUCAGGAAGAUCGUCCAGGAAAGCAAACAUCUGAUCCUGGCCUGUGAGGUGCUGGAAAACCAGUGCCUGCCAGUCCACUUUGAGGGAAACGCCAUAAGCGCAAAGCCCAACAACAAUGCCAAAGGGUGCCAGGAUCCAGAUAUUAAAGGGCACGCGCCCGACUUUAAAACAACAUGGCUGUGGUUGCUGUCAGCCGUGUUAGUUGUUAUGUUUGCCUAAUUUGAGGGACUGAAUAAGUCAUUGAAGAUUUGAUCAUUUCAACAUUAUGGAAUUCUCCUGCUCAUGCAUGUGCCCAUUUAUGACUGUGCUUUUUAGAUACAAAGAUGACUUCCUAUGAGAAGACUUCACUGGUAUUGUAUGUAAUUAAGUGACAAAUUAAAAAGGGAAAUGGGGUUGACUUUGGUGCCCCCUGCAACUAAA